AUGGUGGCGGCAGCUCUAGGAAGGAGUUCGGUUGCGCUGCCUGUCCUGCCCUCGCCGCCGGGCCUCACAGCCGGGGCCGACUACGCCGCCAGGCGCGAGGCUAUGGCCGGCGCCGUGGAGAAGCUGGGCGAGGCGCUGGGCGAGGCAGGCUCGCCAGGCUCGGAUCGGGCGGUGGCGCGGGCGCACAAGGCCGGCAAGGAUCAUGCCCGGGCCCGGAUCGAGGCUGUGCUCGACCAGGACUCGCCGUUCCUGGAGCUGCUCCCGCUGGCCGGCCUCGGGCUCAAGGACAACAUCCCGGGCGGAGCCAACGUCGCCGGCAUCGGCUUGGUGGCAGGCGUGGAGACGAUGGUCAUUGCUGGGCGGGCAACCAUCAAAGGCGGCGCCAUCGACGAGGCAUCGGUCCGAAAGGGCGACCGCCUCGCUGCCAUCGCUGCCGCUAACCGCCUGCCCACCAUCACCUUUGUCGAGUCGGGCGGCGCUAACCUCCGCCAGCAGUUCAAGGUCUUUCAUGCCGGCGGCGCCUCGUUCCGCGACAUCACCCGCCGCUCCAAGGCCGGCAUUCCGUCCAUCGCUGUGGUCUGCGGCUCGUGCACCGCUGGCGGCGCCUACCUCCCGGGCAUGUCCGACUAUGUCAUCAUGGUCAAGGACAACGCCAAGGUCUUCCUCGCCGGCCCGCCGCUUGUCAAGAUGGCCACCGGCGAGGUGACCACCGACGACGAGCUCGGUGGUGCUGUCAUGCAUGCCUCGGUCUCGGGCGUCGCCGACUACCUCGCCGAGGACGAGCUUCAUGGCAUCGCCCUAGCCCGCUCGGUCAUGGCCACGGUGGCGUACACCAAGGCGACGGCGCUGCCGCAUAGCCACCUACACGCGCUCCCCGAGCCGCCGCUGUACAACCCUCAUGAGCUGCUGGGCAUUGUUGGCACCGAUCUCAAGGCCUCGUUUGACGUCCGCCACGUCAUCGCCCGCAUUGUCGACGGUUCGCGGUUUGGUGCGUUCAAGGCUGCCUUUGGCCCGACCCUUGUCACCGGCUGGGCCUCCAUCCACGGCAUCCCGGUCGGCAUUAUUGCCAACAACGGCCCGCUCUUCUCCGACGCCGCCAACAAGGGUGCCCAGUUUAUCCAGAUCUGCAACUACCGCUCCAUCCCGCUCCUCUUUCUGCAGAACAUCACCGGGUUCAUGGUCGGCACCGCUGCCGAACAGGAGGGCAUCAUCCGCCACGGCGCCAAGCUCAUCAACGCCGUCUCCAACUCGACGGUCCCGGCCAUCACCGUCAUCAUCGGCGCUUCAUACGGCGCCGGCAACUACGCCAUGUGCGGUCGCGCCUACGAGCCGCGCUUUCUCUUUGCUUGGCCCAACUCGCGCGUCGCCGUCAUGGGCUCGGAGCAGCUCGCCGGCGUCAUGGACAUUGUCGUCCGCGCCUCGGCUGCGCGCAAGGGCGUCGCCAUCGACGACGACUUUCUCGCCUCGCAAAAGUCCAAGUUCAUCGACCAGGUCGAGGACCAGUCCGACUGCUACUACGUCUCGGCCCACUGCCUCGACGACGGCAUCAUCGAUCCCCGCGAGACCCGUAACGUCGUCGGCAUGGCACUCUCCGCCACAUACUCGGCGCCACGCGCCCGGCUCUCGUCACCGGAGCACCUCGCGCUCGAGCAGCAUGUUCUCGAUCUUGCGACGCAGCGCUUCGGCCUCGGCCACCUUGCGCUCCAGCAUUCGCUGCGCCACGGCAACCACACCCUUGUGCUGCUCCAGUGCCGCCGCGUAGUACACCCGCGGCACGCCCAUGGCUAG